AUGUCGGCAAAUGACCCAAAUUGGCCUGUUGGCUAUCCGUACGUCGCAAUGGAGGCCUUUACUGAUAGAGGGGUCGAUCUUCCCAAGGAUACAAAGGGUAAAAUCACACAAAAAGCCCCAGGUGGUUGGGUUCAUGUCACCAUGCCAUACGCUGUCCCUCAACGAAAAGGUUGGGUCCCCGCAGGUUUUCUGAAAAUCGGAACGACGCGCAAGUAUGGCGAUGUCAAAAUUGACACUUCAUCUCCCUCAGUCUCUAGCCAUCCGCCGCCAAUUGGGAACAGUCUAUUGACAGAGGGGGCCGAGGGUUCAGAACUCGUUUGGACAAAGCUACAAUUCCCAGACAAGAACUUGGUCGUUUAUCAGCGAAUGCCUGUGCAGAUCCAAGGAAGCACCGAUGACGACAAGAGGAUCACUAUUGUUGUGGGAUUCCCUGCUGCUGGAACUCUUCCAACUCGUGUGUCGUUCGAACCUGGCAUUCCAGGCCAUGUCAACUUGCCUUUGGGAACUCGAGUGUGGCCGGUGGUGGAGAUGAUGAUGGACGGUACGCCACAUCCUAAUGCUUGGGCAAGGCUGCCAGGACUGGGACCAUGGCACGACUGGGAUCGUGCGCGAUCCUGGGCCUUACGGAUCGAGUUCCAGCUCAACGACCAAUGGCAGAGUUUAGGUCUUGUCUCAACAGAAGACUUCCAACCACGACUGGCAUCUUCGUCCUCACCAGGAGCCUUUGAUACGUAUGCACGGGGCAUAGCAAUGGAACGCUACCUGACCCGGAUCCAGCUGAACCCAGAACAUCGGGCACAAUGGAUGUACGACUACGGAGUUGCAAGAGUCAAGGAGCAAAAGCUUGAAUGGCUCACGCAGACGAUUACCGUCACAGAUGUCCCAUCACCUGCACGCACUGACGCAGCAUCGCCUUUGAAGACCAUGAUCCAGAUGCAGAAUGAGUAUGCGCAAUUGGGAAUCAAUGCGUUCGGUACUCCAGGCCAGAGUGACCGCGAGUCUGGCCGAAUACGCCAACCUCCCAGAGCUUGUGACUCCUGCUACCUCGCAACCCUGUCAAGCCGAGAAAUCGACCCAACAACUGGAAAUGCCAUCGACCGCUAUCCCGACAACAUCACUACUGUAUGUGUGAUCAAGCAAUUCAACGAUCCAAACCAGCGAGACUCCUGCGAACGCUGCCUUUUGCUGCAUCGUCCGUGCACCUACUCAAGAGCCAUCGAAGACUGCCCGCUGGAUACUCCGAUGGUGAGAGCCUUACUCGCCCCACGGGAAGCAGAAAAUCAACUCCGGUCAAUUCCUGACCCAGAGAUCUCUGUGCACAGAGCGAGUCUUGGUUAG